AUGUUGCAAACACCCUCCCGAGCCUCUACGGCCUCUUCCUCCUCCUUCCAGCCGAUCUCGCGCCAGAACACCAUGUCUUCCUAUGACGGAACGCGUUCGGCGCGACAAUCCAAGCGAUAUUCCAUGUCCGCACUCUACAUGUCCAUGUCAGCGAACGAGACAGACCUAGAAAUCGACGAUGACUUGGCCAAAGCUCAAAAGAUACUACGCGAUCUCAAGACCAAGAUCUCGUCCCAGUCCAAGAAGAACUUCGUGCUUGAAAAGGACGUUCGAUACCUUGAUUCUCGAAUUGCCUUGCUGAUUCAGAACCGUAUGGCUCUGGAAGAGCAAAACGAAGUGGCCAGCCACCUCGAAGAUGCGACCGAUCUCCAAGAAGGCGCCUUUCCCAACGAUGACAAGACACAAAAAUACGGCAAUCUCCUAUUCCUGUUGCAGUCAGAACCAAGACAUAUAGCUCACCUUUGCCGACUGGUCUCGAUGGCUGAGAUCGACUCUCUUCUGCAGACAGUCAUGUUUACCAUUUACGGUAACCAGUACGAAAGUCGCGAAGAGCAUCUCCUCUUGACCAUGUUCCAGUCCGUCCUGACGUACCAAUUUGAUACGACUCCCGAAUACUCCUCUCUCCUCCGUGCCAACACCCCCGUGUCUCGCAUGAUGACUACAUACACCAGGCGUGGACCAGGCCAGAGCUUUCUGCGAACCGUACUGGCUGAUAGGAUCAACAGUCUCAUCGAGCUGAAAGAUUUGGACCUGGAGAUCAAUCCAUUGAAAGUCUACGAGCGCAUGUGUCAACAGAUCGAGGAGGACACGGGUAGUUUGCCGGCAUCGCUACCGAAGGGAAUCACUGGCGAACAGGCCGCCGAGAACCCUCAAGUCCAAGCUAUCAUCGAGCCGCGUCUGACGAUGUUGACCGAAAUCGCGACUGGUUUCUUGAACACGAUUAUAGAAGGGCUCGAGGAGGCACCUUACGGCAUCCGCUGGAUCUGCAAGCAAAUUCGCAGCUUGACGAAGCGAAAGUACCCCGAUGCGAAUGACCAGGUCAUAUGCACUCUCAUCGGAGGAUUCUUCUUUCUGCGAUUCAUGAAUCCCGCCAUCGUCACACCAAAAUCUUACAUGCUCAUUGAUGGGAUGCCUGCUGAGCGACCUCGCCGUACGCUGACGCUGAUUGCCAAGAUGUUGCAGAACCUCGCGAAUAAGCCAUCGUAUGCGAAGGAACCAUACAUGGCUAAGCUAGCACCAUUCAUCAACCAGAACAAGGACAGGGUGAAUAAGUUCAUGUUGGACUUAUGCGAGGUGCAAGACUUCUACGAGAGUUUGGAGAUGGACAACUACGUUGCGCUUUCGAAGAAGGAUCUCGAGCUCUCCAUCACCCUUAACGAAAUCUACGCGAUGCACGGUAUGAUCGAGAAGCACAGUGGGGAACUCUGUAGGGACGAGAACUCACACCUGGCGCUCAUCAUCUCGGAGCUAGGCCAUGCGCCCCCGCAGGUCCCUCGGAAGGAAAACAGGGCUAUCAACCUGCCCCUGUUCAGUAGGUGGGAGCAAGCAAUGGACAACUUGACUGCCGCCCUGGAUAUUACUCAGGAGGAGAUCUUCUUCAUGGAGGCGAAAUCGAUACUUGUACAGAUCAUGCGAUCCAUUCCGCAAAAUAGCUCCGUCGCCCGAAGGCCGCUACGCCUCGAGAGAAUUGCCGACGCAGCAGCCACAUCCCGGAACGACGCUGUGAUGGUACGCAAGGGCAUCCGGGCGAUGGAACUACUCAGCCAGUUGCAGGAAAUGAAAGUCAUCGACAAGUCGGAUCAGUUCGGCCUUCUUAGGGACGAGGUCGAACAGGAACUGCAACAUUUAGGAUCAUUGAAGGACGGUGUUCUUAUCGAAACGCAGAAGCUCGAGGACGUGUACAAGACGAUUCGGGACCAUAACUCGUACCUUGUCGGCCAACUCGAGACAUACAAGAGCUAUCUACACAACGUACGCAGCCAGUCUGAGGGAACACGGCGGAAACAGCAGAAGCAACAGGUCCUCGGGCCGUACAAGUUCACCCACCAGCAGUUGGAGAAGGAAGGUGUCAUACAGAAGAGUAAUGUUCCUGACAAUAGGAGAGCGAACAUCUAUUUCAAUUUCACCAGCCCCCUGCCGGGAACGUUUGUCAUAUCCCUGCACUACAAGGGUCGUAAUCGUGGGCUUCUAGAGCUUGAUCUUAAGCUCGAUGACCUACUGGAGAUGCAGAAAGACAAUCAGGAUGAUCUGGACCUCGAAUACGUCCAGUUCAACGUCACGAAAGUGCUGACCUUGCUGAACAAGCGGUUUGCAAGGAAGAAGGGUUGGUAA